AUGGGGACAGGGGGGAAGGAAUUGAGAGCUGUCCACAGCCACCAGGGCCAUCUGUCACCUAACCACCACCACCCCACCCCUCCACCCCCAACCUGCCUCCCACAGAUACAUCAAUGCCUGGAUUUAGCACCCAGUGGCAUCAGACUAGAGAAGCUAGUGGUCAGCAUAGCUGAGGACCUGCUCCGUACAGCAGCCCAGAACAGCCGUCUUUCUCUGCAGAGAACCCAGGCUGGAUGGCUGCUGUUGGGGGCACUGAUGUCUCUGGGCCCGUCCCUGGUCCGCUAUCACCUUCCCAAGAUGCUGCUGCUGUGGAGGAACGUGUUCCCCCGCUCCCAGAAAGAGAUGGAGGCAGAGAAGGCUCGAGGAGACAGCUUCACCUGGCAGGUUACGCUGGAGGGACGUGCUGGAGCGCUCUGUGCCAUGCGUAGCUUUGUGGCCCAUUGUCCUGAGCUGCUGACAGAGGAUGUAAUCCGCAGGCUGAUGACACCAAUAGAGUGCGCCAUGACCAUGAUGUCACAUGUCCCGUCGGUCAUCAAGGUGCAUGGCACCCAUCUGAAGGCCAGUGCAGCUAUGGUGAGGCUGAGACUCUAUGACAUCUUGGCUCUACUGCCCCCGAAGACAUACGAAGGUAGUUUCAAUGCCCUGCUGAGAGAGCUGGUGGCGGAGUUCACUCUGACUGAUAACUCGGCCAACACAACCACCUCGUUGCUACGCUCCCUCUGUCACUAUGACGACAGUGUUCUGAUGGGGUCCUGGCUACAGGAGACUGACCACAAGUCCAUCGAGGACCAGCUCCAGCCCAACAGUGCGUCAGGCAGUGGCGCUCUAGAACACGACCCCUCCUCCAUCUACCUGAGGGUACCUAUGGGCGAGGCCAUGCCUGGACCCCUCCCCCUCGGCGUUUCUGUCAUCGACGCUUCCGUCGCUCUGUUCGGAGUGGUGUUCCCUCAUGUCUCCUUUAAACACAGGCUGCAGAUGCUGGACCACUUUGCAGAGUGUAUUAAACAGGCCAAGGGGGUCAGACAGCAGGCUGUCCAGCUCAAUAUCUUCACCGCCGUACUGAGCGCCCUCAAGGGUCUGGCAGAGAACAAGUCCACCCUGGGUCCUGAAGAGGUUCGUAAAUCCGCCCUGGCGCUGGUGAUGGGCGCUCUGGACAACCCAAACCCCAUCCUACGCUGUGCUGCCGGGGAGGCCUUGGGAAGGAUGGCUCAGGUGGUGGCGGAGGCCACCUUCAUUGCCCGCAUGGCCCAGUACAGCUUUGACAAACUGAGGUCAGCCCGUGACGUGGUCUCCAGAACAGGCCACUCCCUGGCUCUGGGCUGUCUGCACAGAUACGUAGGAGGGAUUGGUUCAGGACAGCACCUCAAAACUAGCGUCAGCAUCCUAUUGGCCCUAGCCCAGGAUGGAACCUCCCACGAGGUGCAGACGUGGGCCCUCCACUCCCUGGCUCUCAUCGUAGAUUCCAGUGGUCCUAUGUAUCGAGGUUAUGUGGAGCCCACCCUUUCCCUGGUCCUGACCCUGCUCCUAACCGUACCCCCGUCACACACUGAGGUACACCAGUGUCUGGGACGAUGUCUAGGAGCUCUCAUCACCACCGUCGGACCCGAGCUACAGGGUAACGGAGCGACCAUCUCCACUAUCCGCUCGUCAUGUCUGGUGGGCUGUGCCAUCAUGCAGGGUCACAGCGACUCCCUGGUGCAGGCAGCGGCCAUAUCCUGUCUCCAGCAGCUGCACAUGUUCGCCCCACGCCACGUUAACCUCUCCAGCCUGGUGCCGUGCCUCUGUGUCCACCUGUGUAGCUCUCACCUGUUGCUGCGCCGUGCGGCGGUGGCCUGUCUGAGACAGCUGGCCCAGAGAGAGGCUGCUGAGGUCUGUGAGUACGCCAUGAGUCUGGCCCGCAACAAGGAGAGCAAGGACUCAACCACCGUCAAUCUGAACAUCACAGAGACUGGUUUGGAGGGGGUUCUGUUUGGAAUGCUGGACCGGGAGACGGACAGGAAGCUUUGUCACGACAUCCAUGACACUCUGGGCCACAUGCUGUCCUCGCUCGCCGUGGACAAGCUCUCUCAUUGGUUGAAGCUCUGCAAGGACGUCCUGGCUGCUACUACAGAGGCUGGAGGAGGGGUUGUGGCACCGGUAGAUCUGGGUAAAGAAGAGGACGACUCGGAGAAGCAGGAUGAGAUCGAUGAUGACAUCAUGUUUACGGCGCUGGGAGAGGAUAACAACGCCAAGCCGUCUGUGACGCCGCGCUGGGUGACCCGUGUGUUCGCCGCAGACUGUCUGUGUCGCAUCAUACUGCUGUGUGAGAACGCAGACAAGACACACUUUGACCUGGCCGGCGCCCGCUCUGCUAAGGCCAAGAACCCUAAAGCUGAUCUGUUGGUCCUCCACCUCUCUGACCUGAUACGCAUGGCCUUCAUGGCUGCUACAGACAACAGUAACCAGUUGAGGAUGGCCGGUCUCCAGGCCCUGGAAGACAUUAUUAAGAAGUUUGCCUCUGUUCCGGAGCCCGAGUUCCCAGGUCACGUGAUCCUGGAGCAGUACCAGGCUAAUGUUGGAGCUGCUCUGAGACCAGCAUUCUCCCCAGAUACACCUUCUGACAUCACAGCUAAGGCAUGCCAGGUGUGCAGUACGUGGAUCGGUAGUGGUGUGGUCAGUGACCUGAAUGAUCUUCGUCGCGUCCACAACCUCCUGGUCUCCUCGCUGGACAAGGUGCAGGCUGGGAAGGGUUCCUCUAGUCAGCUGUACAGUGAGAGUGCUACCACCAUGGAGAAGUUGGCUGUCCUGAAGGCCUGGGCUGAGGUGUAUGUGGUGGCCAUGAAGAUAAAGAAGGAAGCAGAGUCUCGGCCGGUGAAGGAGGUGAAGGCAGGAGGAGGAGGAGACGGGGAUGAGGAAGAGGAGGAGGAGGAGGGAGCGGACAUUCUUCCUCCCGAUAGCUUGAUUAUGCUGGUGCAGCCUGAGCUACCGUCUCUGUCUCGGCUGUGGUUGGCUGUCCUCAGAGACUACGCUCUGCUCACACUUCCUGCUGAGUUCUCGAGCCAACUUCCUCCUGACGGUGGUGCCUUCUACACCCCAGAGACCAUCGACACAGCCCGUCUCCAUUACCGUGGCUCCUGGGCCCCUGUUCUCCACGCUGUGGCCCUUUGGCUGAGCAGCACCAGCUUCGGGGCCGGGGAGGGGGAAGAGGAGGCCCCUGCUGUCCCUCCACAGGUGUCUGGGGCGCCAGUCUACCCCCUGGGAAACCCUGGACCUACUCAGAGCCUGGAGGACCUGAUUAAGGACAGAAUGCAUCUGAUGUUGGGUGUCAGUAUUGAGUUCCUGUGUUUCCCAAGACCUGAGGAACCGAUAGAACAUGUCAUGUCAUGUCUACAGGCUCUAUGUACCCUACUGGACUCUCCCUGCGCCAGGACACACAUCAGUGAAGACCAGUUGUUGGGUGUAGAGCUGCUCAACGUGCUCCACAGACUCCUCCUGACCAGAGAUCCUCCAGCCGUCCAGCUCCAAGUUACAGCUGUGGUGCAGGAGACCAUCCGGGCUGCACAGGACCACCUGACACAGCAGAGGGAAACACAGGGUAAGCAGGAUGGAGGGGAGAAGGACGGUGUGUCUCUCCAGGGAGAGGGAGGUGAGACUGGGGAGCUGCUCCCGGGGAAGUCCCUAGUCUUCGCUGCCAUGGAGCUUCUGGUGUUCAUCCUGGUUCGUCACUUGCCUCAACUCAACACCAGGGUGAACGAGUCCCCCAGCCACCUGCCCCUCCGGCCCCAGCCUCGUCUGACUGAGGAGAGCACCCGGCUGGUGGCUCACACUGUGUCUAUACUGGCCGAGCUGCCGUCGCUAUGCUCCCCCGCAGGCAGCAUGACCAUCCUCCCAACUGUACUCUUCCUGAUAACCGGGGUCCUGAAGGAGACGGCUGUGAAGACACCUGAUAACUCCAUACCCCUGCCAGUGUCAGCUGCUCUACAGGGUAUAAAGACCAUCAUCACCUCUCCUCUGGCCCGGGCUGACAAGACUCCCACUCAGUGGACAGGACUGAUUAGGAGUAGUCUGGCUUCUAUUCUAGAAUAUUCUCAACCAGAUGAGUCUCGUCCCAACAUGGAUGAGGUCAGUAUGCUGACAGCCAUGACCCUCUUCCUGCUGUCUGCCAGUUCAGAGGUCAUAGGAGUCACUGUGCUGCAGCAGGGCUGUAUGGAACGCUAUAGGAACGCACUCAUCUCCUCUGACCCCUGGGUCCAGGCACGGUGUUACCAACUCCUCCUGUCCGUGUUCCAGCACCCCAGCCGAGCGUUAUCCACCCCCUACAUCCACGCCCUGGCGCCGCUCAUGGUAGAGAAGCUGAAAGAGGUGGAGAGGAGUCGCCCAGGCACGGUCACGGAGCUGCAGGCCGUACAGGAGGGCAUCCGGGUUCUGGAGAACCUAGUGGGCAUGGCAGAGGAACAGAACAGGGUACAGUUGCUGGCUCUGCUCGUCCCCACCCUGGUCUCCUAUCUCCUAGAUGACAAGGCCUUCUCCUCUGCUCCUCCUGCCUCCAAGGGCCUACAUGAGUUUGCUCUCCAGAACCUGAUGCGGAUCGGGCCCCUCUACCCAGCUGCCUUCAAGACAGUGAUUGGAGCCGCACCUGAGCUCAAGACCCGCCUUGAGUCGGCCGUCAGAGCCAAUCAGGCGAGCAGCAAAGCCAAAGCAGCAGCCCUAUUGGCCCAGCCAACUGUGCAGGCCGCGCCCACCAUCAAACUCAAAACUAGUUUCUUCUAAAUAUUCCUGAAAUGCAGACUACUUUAUCAUCCUGGUGUAAUGGUGUUGUCGUCUGAUAUGUCUCUAAGAUGUUCUUUAUUUAACUUGGUUCUCGGUGGAUGACAUUUUUCUACUUCGUUUUCUUGAAGUCGGCAGGUAGCGGCAGGGUAGCCUAGUGGUUAGAGCGUUGGGCGGCAGGUAGCCUAGUGGUUAGAGCGUUGGGUGGCAGGUAGCCUAGUGGUUAGAGCGUUGGGAGG